AUGGGCAGCAGGAUCUGGCGCUGGGCUCUGGUCUGGGCCUCUGUGGCCUUGCUCAAGGUGUGGCCAGCAGAGAUCCAGGGCCAGGUACAGCAGAGCUUGGAAUACCCAGAAUUCACCGGAGAUGGUCAGAAAGCAUAUAACGCUCCCACCUCUUCAUCCACCCAGCAUGUCACCUUCAUCCCACCUAUCACUGUCUUCCCUAGCAUGAGCCCCUUGAACGUGGUACACAAUGGAAGAGUGUGCAGCACAUGGGGUGACUUCCACUAUAAGACCUUCGACGGUGACAUGUUCCACUUCCCUGGCCUCUGUAACUAUGUCUUCUCUUCACACUGUGGGGCCACCUACGAGGACUUCAACAUCCAACUGCGUCGUGGUCUGGAGGGUUCCAGGCCCAUGGUCACCCACGUGGUCCUCAGGACCCAGGGGCUGGUGAUUGAGCUGUCCAAUGGCUCUGUCCUGGUGGACGGACGGUGGGUGGAGCUACCCUACAGCCGAGCAGGUCUUCUGAUGGAGAAGAGCAGUGGUUACGUGAAGGUCAGCAUCCGGCUGGUCCUCACCUUCCUGUGGAAUGAAGACAGUGCCCUGCUGGAGCUGGACUCCAAAUAUACCAACCAGACGUGUGGGCUGUGCGGUGACUUCAACGGACUCCCAGCUGUCAACGAGUUCUACGCCCACAACACCAGGUUGACCCCUGUGCAGUUCGGAAACCUGCAGAAGCUGGAUGGUCCUACAGAGCAGUGCCAGGAUACCUUGCCCUCAGCUGUCAACAACUGCACAGAUAGGGAGGACAUCUGUCGCCACGUCCUGCUUGGCCCUGCCUUUGCUGAGUGCAAUGCCCUGGUAGAUGUCAACAUGUACUUGGAUGCCUGUGUCCAGGACUUGUGCCUCUGCCCCACAUGCCCAUGUGCCACUUUUGCUGAAUAUUCCCGCCAGUGUGCCCAUGCAGGGGGCCAUCCACAGAACUGGAGGAGUCCUGAUCUGUGCAACCGGACAUGCCCUUUUAACAUGGAACACCAGGAGUGCAGCUCGCCCUGUGUGGAUACCUGCUCCAACCCCCAACGCUCCCAGCUCUGCGAGGACCACUGCAUGGAUGGCUGCUUCUGUCCCCCAGGCACUGUGCUGGAUGACAUCAGACACUUGGGCUGUGUGCCCCUGGAGCAGUGCCACUGUACCCAUGGUGGUCACACGUAUGCCCCUGGAGAGUCCUUCAACACCAGCUGCAGCUCCUGCACCUGCUUCGGGGGAUUGUGGCAGUGCCAGGACCUGCUGUGCCCCGCCACCUGCUCUGUGCAAGGCGGGUCCCACAUCUUCACCUAUGAUGAGAAAUUCUACAAUGUGCACGGAGACUGCAGCUACAUCCUGUCCAAGAAAUGUGCAGAUAGCAGCUUCACUGUGCUGGUCGAUCUGCGGAAGUGUGGAGUGACGGAUACUGAGAACUGCCUCAAAGCCGUCACACUCAACCUCAACAGUGGGGACAUGGUCAUCCGGAUCCAGGCCAAUGGUGCCGUGUUCCUGAACUCCAUCUUUACUCAGCUGCCCCUAUCAGCAGCCAAUGUCACCAUCUUGAGUCCAUCGUCCUUCUUCAUCAUGGUGCACACAGGCGUGGGGUUACAGCUGCAAGUGCAGCUGGUGCCCAUCAUGCAGGUGUUCGUCAGCCUGGACCCCUCCUACCGUGGCCAGAUGUGUGGCCUGUGUGGGAACUUCAACCAGAACCAAGCCGAUGACUUCACAGCCCUCAGUGGGGUGGUGGAGGGCACGGGAGCUGCCUUCUCCAAUACCUGGAAGACUCAAGUCUCCUGCCCCAACGCCAAGAACAUCUUUGAGGACCCCUGCUCAUACAGCGUGGAGGCUGAGAACUAUGCCCAGGAGUGGUGCUCCAUGCUCACUGAAAGCUCAGGCGUCUUCUCAGCCUGCCAUGCCACCGUUAGCCCAGCGCCCUUCUACUCGAACUGCAUAUUUGACACGUGUAACUGUGAGAAGAGCGAGGACUGCAUGUGCGCGGCCCUGUCCUCCUACGUGCGUGCCUGUGCCGCUAAAGGCGUGCUGCUCAGUGGCUGGAGGGAUGGCGUCUGCUCCAAGUACAUGAACAACUGUCCCCAAACCAAGAGCUACUCCUAUGCUGUGAGUACUUGUGAGCCUACCUGCCGCUCUCUGAGUGAGGCCGACGUCACCUGUGGCAUCUCCUUUGUGCCCGUGGAUGGCUGCACCUGUCCUGAAGGCACCUUCCUGGAUGACAAGGGUCACUGUGUGCCUGAUGAGGAGUGCCCCUGUUUCUUCCAUGGAACUGUGGUGGCUCCUAGAGAGUUUGUUACGGACAAUGGUGUGGUGUGCUCGUGUGAAAAUGGAAAGUUGACCUGUCUUGGAGCCCUGAUGCAGAGGAGCACAGAGUGCCAGGCGCCUAUGGUAUAUCUAGACUGUAACAACGCCUCAGUGGGUGACCAAGGGGCUGAAUGCCUCAGAAGCUGCCACACACUGGAUGUGGACUGUUUCAGCACACACUGUGUCUCGGGCUGUGUAUGUCCCUCAGGGCUGGUAGCAGAUGGGAAUGGGGGCUGCAUUGCUGAGGAGGACUGCCCCUGCGUACACAAUGAGGCCACCUACAGACCUGGGGAGAUCAUCCGGGUAGACUGCAAUAACUGUACCUGCAGGAACCGCCGGUGGGAGUGUACGGAUCAGCCCUGUAUGGGUGCAUGUGUGGCCUAUGGGGAUGGCCAUUUUGUCACCUUUGAUGGUGAACGCUACAUCUUUGAAGGCAGCUGCGAGUAUACCUUAGCUCAGGACUACUGCAGAGGCAACACCAGUACUGAUGGGACCUUCCGUAUUGUCACUGAGAAUGUCCCUUGUGGGACCACGGGAACCACCUGCUCCAAGGCCAUCAAGAUCUUUGUGGAGAGCUAUGAGCUGAUUCUUCAUGAGGGGAACUUCAAAGUGGUAGAGAGAGGGUCAAGUGGGGAGCUUCCAUACAAGAUCAGAUACAUGGGUAUCUUCCUGGUCAUUGAGAUCCGCAGUGGGAUUGUUGUGUCCUGGGACAGGAAGACCAGUGUGUUUGUCCGACUGCAGCAGCAUUACAAGGGAAGGGUCUGUGGCCUGUGUGGGAACUUCGAUGACAAUGCCAUCAAUGACUUCACCACACGCAGCCAGUCCGUGGUGGGCGAUGUGCUGGAGUUUGGAAAUAGCUGGAAGUUCUCCCCAUCUUGCCCAGAUGCCCCAGUUCCCAAGGACCCCUGCACUGCCAACCCUUACCGCAAGUCCUGGGCCCAGAAGAAGUGCAGCAUCAUUAACAGUGCGACCUUUGCUGCCUGCCACUCCCAGGUUGACUCUACCAAGUACUAUGAAGCCUGUGUGCAUGAUGUGUGUGCCUGCGACUCAGGGGGUGACUGUGAGUGUUUCUGCACUGCUGUGGCUGCCUAUGCCCAGGCCUGCCGUGAUAUGGGUGUGUGCUUGUCCUGGAGAACACCAGACAUCUGCCCUCUUUUCUGUGACUACUACAACCCUCACGGGGAGUGUGAGUGGCAUUACCAGCCCUGUGGAGCCCCCUGUCUGAAGACCUGUCGAAACCCUGCUGGACACUGCCUUGUUGAACUGCCAGGCCUGGAAGGCUGCUACCCACAAUGCCCACCCAGCCAUCCCUUCUUCAAUGAGGACCAGAUGAAGUGUGUGGACCAGUGUGGAUGCUAUGAUGAUGAUGGAAACUACCACGACAUUGGCACAGAGGUCCCUACAGCUGAGAACUGCCAGAGUUGUCUCUGCACCCCUGGUGGCCUCAGCUGUGUUCACAACCUUACAGCCUGCACAUGCACCUAUGAGGGCCGUACCUACCACUUCAAUGAUGUUGUCUACAACACCACGGAUGGCCUUGGUGCAUGCUUAGUGGCCAUCUGCAAAGACAAUGGGACUAUAAUACGCACAGCUGAAGAGUGCCCCGAAGUCUUGUCUACCACACCAUUCACAUUCACCAGUACCUUGGCACCCAGUGCCACAACAGGCUCAGCUUCCACUGUGUCCACUGUGUCCACUGUGUGUGUCCGGGAGGUCUGCCACUGGUCCAUUUGGUAUGAUCAGAGCUAUCCAGAGCCUGGCAUGGCAGGUGGGGACUUUGAAACAUUUGAGGACCUGAGGGGCAAAGGGUACCAGGUGUGUCAAACCCCUGCUGCCAUUGAGUGCCGUGCAAAGGAGUUCCCCAGCACGGACUUACAGGAGCUGGGUCAGAAGGUGAACUGUGACCCUUCCUGGGGGCUGAAAUGCCUCAACAGUGAGCAGAACCCCCCAAUCUGCUACAACUAUGAGCUGAGGGUUCUGUGUUGUGAAUAUGUACCCUGUAGUUCCCCCCUGACCUCAGGCGGAAGUACCACUCACUCCCAGCCUGAGACCGGUACUCAGACAACAUCUGCAGUAUCUAAGUCCACACCCUCCAGGACCACAGAAAGGAAAAAGAUAUCCCUGGAUACAACUCACACCUCAAGGAAAACAGUGGCAGUCACCUCAAAAGGAAGAACAACUUCACAAUCCACUGUGUUGAGACACUCAGUCAGCAGCCUCCCCAUGACCAGCCCUACAUGGACAACAAUAGUGACAGAGACCACCUUGCACACAACACUUAGUUCCCAGCCAACAUCAGUAUUCACCUCACAGACAGGGUCCACUUCAACAGCCAGUGUGGUCACACAGUCAGUCAGCAGUCCCGGGACCUCCACCACCUGCCAACCCCGAUGCCAGUGGACAAAGUGGUUCGAUACAGACUACCCCACGUCUGACAGAGAGGGAGGGGACAUUGAGACAUAUGACAGGAUCAGAGCCGCCGGGGCAGAUAUCUGUGAACAGCCUCAGGACAUCCAGUGUGUGGCCCAGAACUACCCCGAUAUCAGCCUGGACCUGUUAAAUCAGGAAGUGAAGUGUGACGUCAACCUCGGUCUGGUGUGCCACAACAGGGUCCAGAAACACGAAUUUGGGAUGUGCUUCAACUACAUGAUCCGUGUGCUGUGCUGCAGUGACAGCCACUGCCAGGGACCUACCACCACGGCAGGGUCUCCCCCUACACCAGGAACUGCCACUCAGACCCUGUCCUCCAAGCCUUAUCCCAUCACUAGUCCAAUUGAGACCUGGUCUCCCUCAGGCUCCACCACCAGCAUCCAUGCCUCAGAGACGCCCACCCCUGGGAUUCUGGAUAAGAGUGUGUCAUCCCCAGCCAGCACUCCUCUGACAGUCACCUCAAAGACAACUCAGCCUCCCAAGAGCCCAGAAUCCUCUGGCAUUGUCAGCAGCCCCGGGACCUCCACCACCUGCCAGCCCCGAUGCCAGUGGACAAAGUGGUUCGAUACAGACUACCCCACGUCUGACAGAGAGGGAGGGGACAUUGAGACAUAUGACAGGAUCAGAGCCGCCGGGGCAGAUAUCUGUGAACAGCCUCAGGACAUCCAGUGUGUGGCCCAGAACUACCCCGAUAUCAGCCUGGACCUGUUGGAUCAGGAAGUGAAGUGUGAUGUCAACCUCGGUCUGGUGUGCCACAACAGGGACCAGCAACACGAAUUUGGGAUGUGCUUCAACUACAUGAUCCGUGUGCUGUGCUGCAGUGACAGCCACUGCCAGGGAACGACCACCACGGCAGGGUCUCCCCCUACACCAGGAACUGCCACCACUGCCACUUCCAGGUCAGUCACACAUACUUCCUGGCCUGUGUCCAACAUGCCCACCAGCACCAGCACCACAGAGUCUAUUUCUUCCCCCAGAAAAACCACUGGCCUCACCAUGGCUUCUUCCACAGCCACACCCAGGGAGACCCAAACCUCAUCACGGCUAACCACUGGUCUCUCCUCAGCCCUUACAACCAGGAGGACCUCUUCUACAGGUUGUAAGUUUCAAUGCACCUGGACAGAUUGGCUGGACAGUGACAAACCCCAACCUGGUCACUUUGGGGGAGACAUUGAGACCUACUAUCAUAUUAGAAACAAGACAGGUAUCCAGAUAUGCGAGAAACCUGUGGACAUCGAAUGUGAAGCCAUCCUCUUCCCCAACAUGUCCUUCCAGCAGCUGGGCCAGGAGGUGGUUUGUAAUGUGGACUUUGGACUCAUCUGCAGGAACAGCAAACAGGCCAACAACCAAACCUGUUUCAACUACCAUAUCCGUGUGCUCUGCUGUGAGGAAGACAUUAGCUGUUUCAGCACAACUGGAUCACUCUCUACCACCUCCAGCCAAGGCAGCAAGUCAUACUCCUCUACCUCCCUGACCUCACCCGGACCAUCUUAUGCUCCUCCUGAAAGCACCACCAUGAGCUCAGCCACAGCUGCCUCCACCACCAAAGCUACCACCUCCUUAAAGAGUGAAAAAAGCAUGAUGACCAACACUAUCCACACAGGAGCUGCACCUUCCACACAGUCAGUCAGCAGUCCCAGGACCUCCACCACCUGCCAACCCCGAUGCCAGUGGACAAAGUGGUUCGAUACAGACUACCCCACGUCUGACAGAGAGGGAGGGGACAUUGAGACAUAUGACAGGAUCAGAGCCGCCGGGGCAGAUAUCUGUGAACAGCCUCAGGACAUCCAGUGUGUGGCCCAGAACUACCCCGAUAUCAGCCUGGACCUGUUGGAUCAGGAAGUGAAGUGUGACGUCAACUUCGGUCUGGUGUGUCACAACAGGGUCCAGAAACACGAAUUUGGGAUGUGCUUCAACUACAUGAUCCGUGUGCUGUGCUGCAGUGACAGCCACUGCCAGGGAACGACCACCACGGCAGGGUCUCCCCCUACACCAGGAACUGCCACCACUGCCACUCAGACCCUGUCCUCCAUUCCUCAGCCCAGCACUACUCUGACUGUGACCAGGACUCACUCGGCUCCCACCACAGUAGCAACAAGCCUCCUAAAAACUCUCCCAGGCUCUAGCCACACAGUCAGUCUUGUUACAUCUUCUGGCAGUAGUCCCCCACAUGUUUCUAAUGUCAAGGAAACCAGCAUCCCAGGAAAGGUUUCCUCUAUCCAUACAACAGGCAACAUCCUGCCUAAAACAUUACAGUCUUCAACUCCUGCCUUGACAACAAAACAAACUUCCUCAACUGAAAUCUGGACAACAAUACUUACUGGUACAGCUGGUACUGUCUCCUCAAAACCCCCACCCACGAGCCUGGGGUUGACUACAGGCAUAAAAGAGCUGUCUACCAGUCCACCAAGGACACAGACACUACCAGUCACUGCGACUAAUGCCACCACCAGCCAGGGCACAACCCGCUGCCAGCCCAAGUGUAAGUGGACUGAAUGGUUUGAUGUGGACUCACCAACCUCAGGAGUAGUAAGAGGGGACAUGGAGACUUAUGAAAACAUCAGAGCUUCUGGUAAGAAGAUGUGCCAGACACCAGAGAAGAUUGAGUGUCAGGCAGAGAACUACCCUGCAGUGAGCAUUGAUAAGAUUGGCCAAGUAGUAAGCUGCAGCCUGGAGACAGGACUGGUCUGUAAAAAUGAGGACCAGAUAGAUGAUUUCAAAAUGUGCUUCAACUAUAAUAUACGUGUGCUUUGCUGUGAUGACUAUAGCGACUGCCCUACCACAACUGCUGUACCACCGACAUCCACCAUGAACAGCCCUAAAGUCACCAGCGAGGUCUCCACCAUGGCCACCAGUCCAUCAGCAAGACAAGGACACUCCACCAAAGCUACCACCUCUUUAAAGAGUGAAAAAAGCAUGAUGACCAACACUAUCCACACAGGAGCUGCACCUUCCACACAGUCAGUCAGCAGUCCCGGGACCUCCACCACCUGCCAACCCCGAUGCCAGUGGACAAAGUGGUUCGAUACAGACUACCCCACGUCUGACAGAGAGGGAGGGGACAUUGAGACAUAUGACAGGAUCAGAGCCGCCGGGGCAGAUAUCUGCGAACAGCCUCAGGACAUCCAGUGUGUGGCUCAGAACUACCCCGAUAUCAGCCUGGACCUGUUGGAUCAGGAAGUGAAGUGUGACGUCAACUUCGGUCUGGUGUGUCACAACAGGGACCAGAAACACGAAUUUGGGAUGUGCUUCAACUACAUGAUCCGUGUGCUGUGCUGCAGUGACAGCCACUGCCAGGGACCUACCACCACGGCAGGGUCUCCCCCUACACCAGGAACUGCCACCACUGCCACUCAGACCCUGUCCUCCAAGCCUUAUCCCAUCACUAGUCCAAUUGAGACCUGGUCUCCCUCAGGCUCCACCACCAGCAUCCAUGCCUCAGAGACGCCCACCCCUGGGAUUCUGGAUAAGAGUGUGUCAUCCCCAGCCAGCACUCCUCUGACAGUCACCUCAAAGACAACUCAGCCUCCCAAGAGCCCAGAAUCCUCUGGCAUUGUCAGCAGCCCCGGGACCUCCACCACCUGCCAGCCCCGAUGCCAGUGGACAAAGUGGUUCGAUACAGACUACCCCACGUCUGACAGAGAGGGAGGGGACAUUGAGACAUAUGACAGGAUCAGAGCCGCCGGGGCAGAUAUCUGUGAACAGCCUCAGGACAUCCAGUGUGUGGCCCAGAACUACCCUGAUAUCAGCCUGGACCUGUUGGAUCAGGAAGUGAAGUGUGAUGUCAACCUCGGUCUGGUGUGCCACAACAGGGACCAGCAACACGAAUUUGGGAUGUGCUUCAACUACAUGAUCCGUGUGCUGUGCUGCAGUGACAGCCACUGCCCUAGGACCCCUUCCAGCACCACAAAGUCAACUCUGCCCUGGUCUACCCACACUCCCCUGGUCCCUUUCACAAUCACAUCAAGCACGGAGUCCACCUUUCAGACCAAGCAUCCCUUCAGCUCCCCCGUACCAAGUACUCAAGCAUCCACAUGGACCACAUAUCCUAACUCAGGCUGUGUACCUCAGUGCACGUGGACAGAAUGGUUUGAUGCGGACUUCCCUAACCCUGGCCCCAGAGGCGGGGACUUUGAGGUCUACGCAGUGUUACGGGAAGUUGGUUUUGUCUUCUGUGAGAAGCCCAAGGACAUCCAGUGCCGCUCUGAGAAUGAGCCAGACAGGCCCCUGGAAACUCUAGAGCAGGUGGUCCAGUGUGAUGUGCGAUUUGGGCUGAUAUGCAAGAAUAUCAACCAAACGGGACCUUUGCAAUACUGUGACAACUACCAUGUGCGCUUCCUCUGCUGUGACAAUGUCAGCCACUGUACCACCUCACCUAUGGCCACCCUCUCCACUGUUCCUUCUUCCUCUCCCCUGCUGUCCACUCAUGCUUCCCCAACCUCGAAUACUAUGACUUCUUCACCUGUGGUCACUAGCUCUACUCACACCUCUCCAGUUUUGACCACCAGGACUUCAUCUCUAGCCACGGGCCCCACUGUGGCCCCCUCCUCUACUUCCGAGACCACUCACCCCCCUGAAGUUUCCCCCAGCAGCCAGGUGACCUUCAGCCCGUCUACUGCUUCUUCCUUGGGCCCUAGUACCCUCAGGCCUACUGUCCUUUCCAGCCGACCAUUUUCCCCGUCACCCUGUUUCUGCCAGGCAUUUGGACAGCUGUUCUUACCUGGAGAGGUCAUUUACAAUAAGACUGAUGGAGCUGGCUGCCAAUUGUACGCCACCUGCAACCAGUACUGUGAUGUUGACCGCUUCCAGGGUGCCUGCCCCUCCUCUUCACCUCCAGCGCCCUCUACCUCUGCAUCUUUGCCUCCCCCGCUUCCUGGCUGUGAUGAUGCCACUCCUCCCCGGCAGGUGAACGAGUCCUGGACCCUGGAGAACUGCACAGUGGCCAGGUGCCAGGGAAAUAACCAAAUCAUCCUCCUAGAGCCGGAGCCUGUGGACAAUGUCACCUGUGCCAACAAGCACUCGCCCAUCCAAGUGUGGGACCAGGAGCCUUGCCAUUUCCACUAUGAGUGUGAAUGCUUCUGCAGUGGAUGGGGGCGCUCACACUACCUGACGUUCGACGGCACCUCCUAUACUUUCCUGGACAACUGUACCUCGGUGCUCAUGAGAGAGAUUUUCCCUCGCCAUGGCAACCUGAGCAUCCUUGCUCACAGCUACUACUGUGGGGCUACCACCAAUGUCACCUUCUGUCCCCGAGCCCUCAGUGUGUACUACAACUCCAUGGAGAUUGUCCUCACCACCACCACCACUGCCAGUGGGAAGGAGGAGGGCCUGAUCAUAUGGGACCAAAUGUGGAUAAGCUCAGGUUUCAGUAAGAAUGGUGUGACAGUGUCCUUGAGCGGCAUCACCACGAUGAGUGUCAACAUUUCCACCAUUGGCACCAGCAUCACCUUUGAUGGGCACAUCUUCCAGAUAUGGUUACCCUACAGACACUUCAGCAACAAUACCGAGGGCCAGUGUGGUACCUGCACAAACAGCCAGGCAGAUGACUGCCGCCGGCCAGAUGGCACCAUAGCUUCCAACUGCCAGGACAUGGCCAAAGACUGGCUGGUGCCUGGGAACACCAACAAUGGCUGCUUAGCUCAGCCUAGCCCUCCCCCAAGCACUACUCCCCAGCCUUCAGUGUCCAGCACACCCACCUCCACCCCAUGCCCCACUGUACCCCUCUGUGAGCUGAUGCUGAGCCAGGUCUUCGCCGAGUGCCACACGCUCAUCCCUCCAGACACCUUCUUCAGUUCCUGUGUCAAUGACUACUGCAAUACCAAUGUUACUGACAUGCCCUGUCAAAGCCUGGAGGCCUAUGCCACACUCUGCCGGGCCCGGGGUGUGUGCACUAACUGGCGUAAUGCCACUGGAGGGCUUUGUGACCUUUCCUGUCCACCCACUAAGGAAUACAGGCCUUGUGGACCUCUGCAUCCAGUAUCCUGCAGCUCCAGAACCCUGAACAUUUCAACUGAGAUGCUGGCAGAGGGCUGCUUCUGCCCUGAGAAUCAGCUCCUCUUCAACUCACGCAUGGACAUCUGUGUGCUGGAGUGUCCCUGCGUGGGACCUGAUGGGCUACCCAAGUUUCCGGGAGAACACUGGAUCAGCAACUGCCAGUCCUGCGUGUGUGACCCCAGCUCUGUGUCAGUACAGUGUGGGCCGGUGCAGUGUGAGAGACAGGAGCACCCACAGUGCACAGAAGCCGGCCUCGUGACCAUGACCCGGCCUAAACCUGACAACCCAUGCUGCCCCGAGACAGUCUGUGUCUGCAAUACAACCACCUGCCCCAAGAGUCAGCCCAAGUGUGAGCCAGGGCACGAGCUGAUCCAUACCUAUGAGGAGGGCAGCUGCUGCCCCAGCCCCAGCUGUCGACCUGUGAUGUGCACAUACAAUGACACCCUCUAUGGGGUUGGGGCAAACUUCCCAGGCAAUGAUCCCUGCCAAACAUGCACCUGCUUCUCUGUGGGCCAUCAAGAACCCAAAGUAGAGUGUAGAGAGAUCCUUUGUACCACCUCCUGCCCCCAGGGCUUCAAGUAUACGCCGGUACCAAAGCAGUGCUGUGGGGAGUGUGUACAGAAUGCCUGCUUCACGCCAGAUGGCCAGGCAAUGCAGCCCAAUGAAACCUGGGUGAACAGUCAUGUGGAUAACUGCACUGUGUACCACUGUACGGAUGAGAAUGGAAUCCAUAUACUGACUCCAAUGCCCCCGGACUGCCCUGAUGUGUCCAACUGUACGGGAACCCUAAGGAAAUCAGGUUGCUGUUAUUCCUGUGAACAAAACGACUCAAGUACAUGUCAAGUGCACAUAAACACGACCAUCCUGCGGUACAAAGGCUGUGAAACAGAUGUGGCAGUCAACAUCCCCUUCUGCAAAGGGUCCUGCUCUGCAAUGUCCAAGUACUCCAUGGAGGCUCAGGCCAUGGAACAUCAGUGCACCUGCUGUCAGGAGAGCAAGGUCCAUGAUGAAGCUGUGACCAUGCAGUGUCCCAACGGUACAGUCAUCCAGCACACCUAUAGCCACAUCGAUGAGUGCAGCUGUGCCCUGGCCUGCAGCUUCCUGCCCAUGACUUCCAUGAACACUCCCUAGAGUCCAGUGCUGGAAGGCAAUUGCAUCCCCCAACCCCUCAUGUCCCUCCACCUGGAGCAGAACCUGUAUGACUGACCAUGAAAACCUUAGGCAGGCAUGCUCCAUGUGGCCCACAAGAACCCUCUGUGGCUCCUACUGCCUCUGCUCCACCCUCUGCCUGCCACUUGGUGAAACCAGUAUCAUGGAGGGUAAUUAAGGGACAAUUAAGAUCCCCGUGAGGAGGGUGCCAGGCAAGGAUUUGGUGCUUGAAGGACCCUCUUGGCUGUCUUGGCCUCAUCCUCUGUGAUGACAUAUAAAUGUCUUGGAGCAAAACAGAGAGCCUGUGACUAUAAGGCUCCCCAUAGCAAGCCUGUGUGCCCUUCAACACAUAAUGAAGUCCUCUGCCAAUCAUCUCAAGUGCACAAAGGCAGAUGGGAUUGUCCAAGCAAGACAAGCUACCAGGGAGCUGUCAGGCAAGGUGGCUGCCUGCUGG